AUGACCAUUGGGGUAAGAUGAUUAAUGCCAAAAUUUUCCAUUAUAAAUAAAUAUUUUGAUUUGUAAAUUUGGCAACAUCUAAAGCGUUGCAUGCGGUAUUAAGAAAAGACGGCCAUUUGUCGCAGCAGUUUGUAGUUUAACGCACACGUGCCCGAAUUGUUUUUCUCAACGGUUGUUAUAAUAUUUUGGCUAAAGUUUUUAGUGGUUGUGCUUGUUAAUGAGAUGCCGAGAAAUUACAAACGAAAGACCAACCGUAGAAAAUGGGAUGACGAAUCCCGUAGGUUAGCGCUGCAAGCUGUCGAACAAGGUACCUUAUCUUGUAAUGCGGCAGCUAUUAGAUACAACAUUCCUGAGCCAACGCUGAGGCGAUGCCGAAAAAAGCAACUUACAGGAGAAGAACUUCCACAUCAUGCGGGUCGAUUUAAUCAAACUUUUACACCUCAACAGACUGAAGAAUUCGUUCAAUAUAUCACAGAAUGCAAUAGCCGUGGCCUUGGAAUGACUUCAGUUCAAGUGCGAAAAUUAGCUUUUCAAUUUGCCGAGGAAAACAAAAUACAACACAGAUUUAAUCGCGAAACCAAAACAGCAGGAGUUGAUUGGUUUAACGGGUUUAAAGCAGCCAACCGUCUUAGCCUGAGAAACCCAGAAGCCACAUCUGUUGCUCGUCUUAGAGGAUUCAACAAAGUCUCAGUUGAAAUCUUUUUUUCUAUCCUUAGAGAGGUUAAAGAAAAAUAUAAUUUUACUCCUGAUCGCAUCUAUAAUGCCGACGAAUCCGGUCUAUCUACAGUGCCAACGAAACUACCAAAAAUUUUAACGCCUAAAGGACAACGUCGAGUAGCCAAAAUUGUAUCCGCCGAAAGAGGCCGCACAACCACUUUAGUUUGUUCUAUGAAUGCUGUAGGUUCUUAUGUUCCGCCUUAUUUCGUAUUCGCUCGUCAACGAAUGAAACCUGAACUGUUAAAUGGCUGCCCACCUGGAUCGCAAGCAACGGCACAAAGUUCCGGAUGGAUGACGGCUGAUAGUUUCCUGGCAUAUCUAAAACAUUUUGUUAGAUACGCAAAGCCUUCCGUUGAUGACCCUGAUUUUUGCAUUUAAGUCAUCUUACCCCAAUGUGUUCGUCAUCUUACCCGUUAUAUGGGGUAAGUUGACUAAAUUGACUUGUUCUUUGUUUUUGCUUUUUUAGAAAAAAUGAUUUAGUUUAUGUGAUUUUUGUUACCUAUAUAAUAUAGCAAACAUGUUUGUAGUUUUGUAGUUUCAAUAUUGUUUCUUAAAAUAAAUAUUUUCAAAGUUAAUUUAGAUUUUUCCCUUAGC